CCAGGGCCGGGCAACACCACGAUGGAUGCAGGGUCAGGGGUCAUGGCCUAUGUUGUACACGCUGGGAGUAGCUCGCCCCUUAACUCUAGUCUUAACCUGAACAACUCGCUGGCUGAUGGAGACCUGAGCGGCCCAAACCUGGAGGACUACACCCUGUACCACGUGGACAUGUUUAUCGCCAGUUACUACCUGUGGCUCGUGCUGGCCUUUGGUUUGCCGGGAAAUGUGGCCAGUAUUUUUACCAUCUUGUCCAUGCCCACAGUCUCGUCAUCAAAGGCCCACGUGGCGAUCCUGGCCGUGGCCGAUAUGCUGGCCAUCAUCUUAAAGAUCACCUACCUGCUCAUCUCCGAGCACUCCAUCCACGUGACCGGCCCGGGCUGCGCCGUCAUCAUGUUCUCCCAGCAGUUCUUCACCUGCUACGUCAACUGGGUCGUCGUCGCCAUGACCGCCGAGCGCUGUCUGGCCGUCUGCUUCCCUCUGCGCGUAGGCCGGAUGUACACGCGACGCAAGGCCCUGCUCGUGCUGGCCUGUUUCCUGCUCAUGACCUCAGCCGAGUACUUCUUCUUUUUCUGGGCCUGGGAGGAGAAACACGAGGAGGGUUACGGCUUUUGGUGUCAAAUGAAAGAAGAGUACCAGCCCUUUGUCCGGAAUAUUUUCUACUGGCUGGACGGAUUCUACUCGGCACUCUUGCCCUGUGGGUUCAUCCUCAUCGGCAACAUCCUGAUUAUCAUCAACAUCAAAAGAGCGCGGAAGGCCCAGAGGCAUUUGACCAACACGUUUGACCAGUCCACGCGGAAGGGCAGAGACCAGAGACAGAUCACUAUCAUGUUGGUGUUGGUGUCCAUCGUGUUCCUAGUCCUCAACAUCCCCAACGCUGUUCUCUACUUCCUCAAACCGUACUGGGUCUACGAGGAGAAUUCCUACGAGCAGGUCAAGUUCCGGUUUACCAGCCAUCUGGUGCAUGUGCUCUCCGAUAGCAACCACGCCGUCAAUUUUUACCUCUACUUUCUCAGCAUGUCCAGUUUCAGACGCCGUUUCCUAGACGCCAUCCGCUGCCGGGGGCGCCGGCGUCAGGCCAGCAGCAGCCUGUACCGCACCUCCCAGACGUACGUCCACAGCGCCCCCCACGGGGAGGGCGCCUACAAGCUCAACAAAACCCACAGCUGCCACUCGCUCAAGUCCUGCAGCAACAGCAACAACAACAAGCUCAUCCACAGCACAUCCGGUGACGCGACCCACGCCUCGCUCAUGAGCAGCAGUCAGCUCUAAGUUAACCAAUGGGAAUCGAUGUGACAUGAUGGGUGUGGGAUAACGUGAAGUGUGUUUCAUUUCCGGUGUACAUUAUGUAGAAUAGUAUUGUUUUUUAUGGCAAUUUUAUAAGAAAUCUGUUGAUGUUUAGAGGUUUAUCAAGGUUUAUAAAUUUACCAACGUUUGUCUUAUGAAUAUUGUUGGUCGUGGUAUCUUUGGUAUAUUUUUGUUCAUUGACUCUGAUACUGUUGUGUUGGUCAUUCCCUCACGGUAGAAUUAUUAAAUAUUGUUGAACAUUGUCUCGAAUACAAUUGUUAUUGGUCAUCAUCUCACAUACAAUUAUUUUUGGACAUUGUCUAACUUAGGCCUAACAUAUUGUUGUUGGUCAUUCUCUCACAUAUAACCAGUGUUUCUUCCAGA